UCUCACAUUGGAAAUGCAUUGCUUCAUGAAGGUCUGGAACCAAUGAAUAUAUCUGGUGGUUUUCUUGUGUCAUAUUCCAAGAUACGUUGGGGGUCAUUGUUUGAUACAAUAAAUUCUGUUUUAGUAUGCCAACCAGUUUUUGCAAAGGUAAUUUUAUGA